CUGGGAUGACGGCGAUCCUGGCUGGCGGCGCCAUUUUGCGAGCGACGGGCGGACUGUCGGCGGCGGCGGUAGCUGUAGUGGCAGCAGCGGCAGCGGCAGCCCCCGGGGGGCGGAGCGAGGCGAUCCUUCCCCACCCCACCCCACACCGCCUCGCCCAUGGCGGCCGAGAUCCCGGACGAUAAAGAUGGUGAAGUCAACGUUUUGGAUGAUAUAUUGACAGAAGCUCCUGACCAAGACGAUGAACUUUAUAAUCCUGAAAGUGAACAAGACAUUACUGAGAAGAAAGCAUCAAAAAGAAAAAAUGAAAAAGAGAGGGCUGACGGUGGUGAUGGGAAAAGACAGAAAUCUUCAAGUCAUUCAAUGCGACAAGUUAGCAAAAGGUCGACUUGUCCGUCUGCAGGAGACAACAUAAAAGCUUCUAUUUCAAAAGGUAGACAUGUAUCUACCUUUAAAAAGGAUGAAUAUCAGCGAUAUGAACGAAGUAAAACUGCAAGCACUGACAGAAAGAACCAUUCCCAAGGUGGAAGUUCUCGAGAGUCACAGAAAGAUCGAACAGAUAAAGUGGGAAGCAGAAGAAGAGAGUCAGACAGAAAAAUUAAAUCAGCAAUCCCAGAUGGGACAGAAACUUACAACGUGGUGGCUUUACGUAAUCUUGAGAGUAUGAAAGUGCAUAGAACAAGUCAUUCUUCUAAAGAAGAAAUUCAGUCCGAUUAUCAGUCUGAAGCUGAUGUUGAAACUGAAGGCAAUACUUCAUCUGAAGAGCAAGAAAAUCAAGAUGAGACAGUAGACAUCAUGAUACCUGAUGAAGAUGAUGCUGAGGAAGAGAAAGAAGGAGAGGAGGAGGAAGAGGAGGAAGAAGAGGAGCAGGAAGAGGAGGAGGAGGAGGAAGAGGAGGAGGAAGAAGCAGAGGAGGAAGAAUAUGAGCAGGAUAUAUCUGAACAGGAUGAUUUCAGAGAACGAGAUCCAAGAGAAAGCAAGGAAGAAGGUCACGAGCAGGAUUAUGAUACACGUAGUGAAGCCAGUGAUUCUGAAUCAGAGUCUGUCUCAUUUACUGAUGGAGAAUCUGUUACCAGAUCUGGUUCUGAUGCAUCAGACGAUGAGACAGAUAAAAAGGAGAAGAAAAAGCGAUCUAGAGACAUUUCUCCAAUUGUGUUUGAUAGGAGUGAAAGCUCAGCAUCCGAUUCGUAUGCAGGAUCAGAGAAGAAACAUGAGAAGCUGUCAUCAUCUGUGCGUGCAGUUCGUAAAGAUCAAACUAGUAAACUGAAGUAUAUUCUUCGAGAUGCACGAUUUUUCCUCAUAAAAAGCAAUAACCAUGAGAAUGUAUCCCUGGCAAAAGCAAAGGGUGUAUGGUCAACACUGCCAGUAAAUGAGAAGAAGCUGAACACUGCAUUCCGCGAUGCUCGGAGCGUUAUAUUGAUAUUCUCUGUUCGAGAAAGUGGGAAGUUUCAGGGAUUUGCCAGACUCUCAUCAGAAUCGCACCAUGGAGGAUCUCCAAUUCACUGGGUGCUACCUGCAGGAAUGAAUGCAAAAAUGUUAGGUGGCGUUUUCAAAAUCGACUGGAUUUGCAGACGUGAAUUGCCAUUCACAAAAACAGGGCAUCUUGUAAAUCUGUGGAAUGAAAACAAGCCAGUUAAAAUUGGACGGGAUGGGCAGGAAAUUGAACCUGAAUGUGGCACGCAACUUUGUCUUCUGUUUCCACCGGAUGAAAGCAUUGACUUGUAUCAGUUCAUUCAUAAAAUGCGGCACAAGAGAAGAGUGCAUUCUCAGCCACGAUCAAGGGGACGGCCUUCUCGGCGUGAUCCUGUCCGGGAAGUGGGAAGGCGUCGAGCAGAAGAAUUUGACUCAUAUAACACCAGAAAGAGACCAAGGAUUGACUACCCACCAGAAUUCUCUCAAAGACCAGGAUACAUGAAGGAUCCACGGUACCAAGAAGUAGAGAGAACUUUAUAUUCCUACAGACGAUUUUCCGGCGUUAGACGUGAUGUAUUUCUGAAUGGAUCCUACAAUGAUUAUAUGAGGGAAUUUCAUCACAGCAUUGGUCCACCACCACCUUGGCAGGGAAUGCCACCUUACCCUGGUAUGGAGCAGGCUCCACAUCAUCCUUAUUAUCAACAUCAUCCACCACCACCUCAGGCACAUCCACCAUAUUCUGGACAUCAUCCAGUCCCACAUGAAGCCCGAUACAGAGACAAGCGAGUGCAUGAUUAUGACAUGAGAGUGGACGACUUCCUUCGUCGCACUCAGGCAGUUGUCACCAAUCGUCGAAGUAGACCCCGGGAAAGAGAGAGAGAACGAGAAAGACCUCGAGAUAGCCGUCGCGACAGGGAACGUGAUCGAGGCAGGGAACGUGAGCGAGAAAGGGAAAGGAUGAGAGAAAGAGAAAGAGACAAAGAACGAGGAAGAUACAGGAGAUAACUCAUUGGUUGAAGAAGCACUGCCCAUUUUAUUGUGUUUACAGUAGCAGAAAGGUGUUUAGAACUGUUCCUUUUUUAUUUUUAUUUUUUUAAGUUAAAUUACAUAUUGGAACUUAUGACCCUUGUACAUCUAUUGCUUUCAUGCAUGUGAGACUAUAUCAACUGAAUUUUGAACCCAGAAGCACAGAUUUUUGUAGAGGGAUGUUUCGGGGGAGGGGUGUGGUUUUCUGAUGAUUUAUUGUCAUCUGUGAAUGUUAGUGUCUAAUCAAAAAUAUUUGCCCUCUAUUCAGUUGAAAGCUGUGAGGAACAAAUCUGCACUUGGCGUAGACUUUGUUGUAUGUAGUUGCACAUGGAUUAAUGAGGAAAAUAUUGCUGCUAAUAAGUAUGCAAGUUAAGUAUAAUGGGCUGAUUGUGUGACCUUGUUAUGUUGUAGCAAGUAACUUUUUUUUUAAACUCCAUUUAGAUUUCAACAUUUUUCAUUGUUAAUGAUGAAAGCAAUAUUCAGACACUAUUACAAUCCAGUUUUAACUUUUUUAACUGAAGAAAUCCCUUGCUUAAUAGCAUUUAAUCAAUGCUAAAGUUCAUUAUUUUUCUCCCAAAAUUAAAAAAGCACGCAGUGGCCUGAUAGAUUUACUGUAAGUUUAUGGUAGAAAAUUGUUACAUUACCUUUAACUGCUAAACUUUUGUACAAAAUAAAUGAGAAAACUGA